CCGCAGUAGCGGUACCAACAUUACAUUUUACGUAGAAAUUUGUCUCGCGGAAAGAUAACAGCAGACGAUCUACUAUCAGUAUAAAAUGUGUAUGAAGGUUAAUACAUGUGCAUUUCCGUGAAGUUGAAUUAGACAAUUCGUGAGCCUGGAGAAGUAAGAGAUCUGCCUUCUGAAACUAUACAUACUGUUAUCGGAUAUUUUGUACCGUCCGUCAGUGUUCACGUAUAAUAGUAACUGAAGCACCUAGCCGACAUAAGAGAUCAUAAAUAAAACAGGAAAAUUGAUAUGGCUGGAAGUCCGGUCAUUAUCGCUGCCACCGCGAAGCAUACGGCCACGGUUAUUUUCCUACAUGGCCUUGGUGAUACAGGGCAUGGAUGGGCAACUGGAAUGGGAGCGAUAAGGUCACCUCAUGUCAAAGUAAUUUGCCCAACGGCCCCCACAAUGCCAGUUACACUAAAUGGUGGAUUUAGAAUGCCGUCAUGGUUUGAUCUACGAACUUUGGAUGCAAAUGGGCCUGAGGAUGAAGAAGGUAUAAAACGUGCAACAGAAUUAGUGCACGGUAUGAUUGAACAGGAAGUAAAAGCUGGUAUACCUUCAAAUCGCAUUGUCCUGGGAGGCUUCUCACAAGGAGGUGCCUUGGCACUAUAUUCAGCUCUCAAGUUUCCAAAACCACUGGCAGGAGUUAUAGCUCUCUCUUGUUGGCUACCUCUUCACAAGCAGUUUCCAGCUGCAGCUGUUGCGAACAAAGAUAUUCCUUAUAUACAAUGCCAUGGAGACUGUGAUCCCAUUGUACCUUAUAAAUGGGGGCAGAUGACUGCUUCUCUCUUGAAACAAUUCCUUAGACAAAUUGAAUUCAAGACAUAUCGAGGAAUGAUGCACUCAUCGUCUGAUGAGGAAAUAUUGGACUUGAAAGCUUUCCUGGAGAAAGUAAUUCCACCACAGUGAAGAUUCCAUUAAAAACAAAUUACUCUAGAUGAAUUUUUUCAGAAGCUGCAGCUAGAGACAACUAUGUAGUAUUAAAUUUCACAUUUCACACAGCAGGCGAGGGAAAUACUAUGGAAUGGAUUUUAAUGUAACUCUGAAGAACUGAGUAAACUCAAGCCUUAUAACUUCUCCUGCAACAUAGUUUUUGCAAAAAUGACACUGAACAUAAGACAUCCGUACCAGUUUUAAGACAAAUGAAUCUUUAGGCUACAUAUUCUACAGUCAGUUUUAUUGCUGAAAAUAUAUGUAAGUAGAACUAUCUUGCAAUGCAAAUUCUUUUACAGUGAUGAUUUUGUAUAAUUUCACAGUUUUUAUAUCUGAGUAUUUUUGGAAAUGCCUGUGACUAAAAAGAAAAACAAAAUAUAUUUGUUGUAGAGUUAUUAAAAAAAAGAAGAAUUUCUAUGAAGAAUUUAAGACAGCAGUGUACAUACAGCAGGUAAAUAGCAUUGCAUUACUUCAUUGAGGCAUGAAUCAUUUUUAAUACAUUCUUUGGGGAUGAGUAGUUUAGAGACAUUAAAAUUUUCUGAUAUUUUGGAUAAAAAUGGACAUUAGUAUGAACUAGCAGAAACCUAAAAAUAAAAAUGUAUGAUGCUAUACAUUGAUAGAUAUUUAACAAGCAUUUCAAAUUGCGUGAACUUCUUAAAUAUGUGCCUCUGAAAUUUAAAGUAAUGCCUGUUUUUACCACAAUAUAACUUAUUAUUGUUUAGUACAAAUACACCAUGAAUUGCAACAUUGUAAUCAUGGAACUUAAUUGCAUUGGAACUUUGUAUCAGAUCUGUAAAUUAAUUGUUGAAUUAAUUAGUUUUUAACAUCAAAUGUAGAUAAUAUAGUUCGUGCACCAUUUCCUAUCUCCCCCUCUCAUUUUGCCCCAUUUGUCAUAUUAUGGACAUGUGCUGUAAUAAAAAGGUUGUAGAAAGCAACUUAAUUGUCUUCCUAUUACUGUUACAUUAAUUUUAGUUGUUCUUUGAUGUAAUUAUAAAGGUAGCCCAUAAAACAUUAAAACAAUUAAGUGAAGACAUGUCAGGCAGUAAUUUCAUAGGGGUUUUGAGAGUUUGCUUUCACACUGCUAAGAGCACCUGUACCUGCUCACAUUAACAUUCUGCCAUUACAGCACACUAUAUAAUGAUGCACAGUUGUUAUUUUAUCCAUUCACUGUUUUGAAUUUAAGAAAAUCAGAAAUAAAGUGUGUUCUGAUCAUUGAAACAAUGCUGCCUUACUUAUUAGUGUCACUUCCUGAUGCCAAUAUGUUGAACUGUGCACCCGUCUAUCACUGACUUGGUAUGUUAUGUGUGUCAUAUGCUCAGAGAUAGGAGUGUGUUUCUGGUUAUUGGAAUAAAGCUGCACAAUCUAGUCACAAUUAUUUUUCCUUUUAAUGAAGCAUUCCUUGGUAUUUUUACAUUUGUGCACAGACCACUAUCACAAAACCAAAUAUAAACAAGAAAGCUAGAGUAAACAUACUGGCUGUGUACUUUAUGCUAGUAUGCCUGUGUAAGCAACUUCUGCUUAUUUACAAUAUAUAUUUGUCAAAGUAAUAUUGUAAUAUUAGUUCAGGAACACUACAAAAUUAAGCACUAAACAAUAUUUAUUUAUUUACUUUCCUGGCACUUCAGGGUGAUUAGAUAUUGCUUUUUGUAAAGAAUCAGUAGACCCAUUUGACUGAACCUUGAGUCUUUUUACAUAUUCCUGUAUUACGGUCAAAUGUACCUGCCUUUACAGCCUAUAAUCGACCUGCAGUAUUAAGGACUUACAUUAUAAUUAUUUACAUAAAUCUAAUUAGCUGAGUAAGUUGGUAGUCAACAAGCACAUUUAGUAAAUUUAUUCAUUGUUUGUCAGUAGGUGUAUGUUUCUGUGGACAUAAUUACCACGGCAGGGUUGUAAGUGCUGGCGUAAUUGUCAUUAAUUGCAUUUUUUGUAUAGCAUGAAUUUAUUAGUGCCACUUGUUUCAUGAGAAACUUCAUUCAACAAACUACUUCAUGUAAAUUUAUCCAUUUUUGUAAGAUUUUGUGGCUUUCAUAUGUUACAAAAUUAUUUGUUAAUAAAAUUCGUGUUUGUGUAUCAACAUUUGUGUUCAGCAGAAUUUUAACAUCUGCCUUGUAAGUAAAAAAACAAAAAAAUGUUGCUGUGAUCUGUACUAUAUGUUUACAUUAUUGUUCUUAAAAUUUUGUUCCAAAGUUGUUCUAGUAUUACAAAUUAAAAGAUUUUGUCAGUAAUGUUAGUACAUUGUUAUAUGUAACUGACUUGUUAACUGAGAGGUGUGCCAGAGCAGGAGAGAAAAUGUAAAGGAGCAAUAAAUAAAUAAAUAUGUAAUUUUUAUAGA